AUGGUCAAGGUCGAGAUCGAGGAGGCGCGCGUGCCGGCCUUCCUCGAGGCCAUGAAGAUCGACGCCGCGGGCAGCCGCGCCGAGGAGGGCUGCUACCGCUUCGACCUGCUCCAGGACAAGGCCGCGCCCAACACCUACUACUUCUACGAGGUCUACAAGGACUCGGCGGCCGUCGACGUCCACAAGACGUUCGACCACUACAAG